UACACAUCCACUUGAAAGUUGUUCCAUACAACCCACAAUAAUAAAUCGAUUUUAGGCAAUUGUCAAACGUCAACGAAAAAUAUUUACAACCGAAAUCGUUGUGGUUGAAAAUUGAGUGUCUGAAAAAAUAACUGGACGAUCAAUUGACUGACAUUCGGAAGAAAAAUAUUCAAAAUAUCUGAAAAUGUUUUUUUGACACCUGCACUCCGCUUGAAGCGAUUCUUUGUUUUUAGGAUUUAUCAGCUGUUCAGUUAACGAAAUCGUUUUAACGGUGUUACGUCCGCGUUUACAUACCAAAGUGUCUAUAGUUUUCGAAAUUGUUGAUUUUUUCUUCUUUCAAUUUGCUAUUUUUGCACUUUGAUGAAAUAUACAUGACUUGACAAAAUUGGUAUCUUUUGAUUGGAGUUCAAAUUUGUUUAUUUUCCGUGUAAUGAAACUUGGUCUAAAUAUUCCAAAACGAUCUUUGGCAAAAAUUUUAAUAUUUGACGAAUUCGUUAUUUUACCAACUUUUCAUUGGUGGGACGUGGGAAUCCCCGAUAUGCGUUUUGACUCUGUCAAAACCAGUUUCUGUUUGCAUUCAAUUGUUGAUUGACCAACGAUAGACAUUAUAAAAAAAGCUGCAUUCAAGUGCAAAAUGUCAGAACUUGAUAUGCUGAUUUCAAUGGGAUUUUCCAAAGAGAGAGCGGAGCAAGCUUUAACUGAAACAGGCAAUGCCGGCAUUGAAUUGGCAUUGGAGUGGAUGUCCAUUAUCGACAAUUGUACAAUAGUGAAGCCGACCGAUUCUCAUUUCGAAGAAGCAACGCAUCACCAAGCAUCACACGAAAAUGUACCUAGUGAUGCACUAGCUAGUAACGGAAAAUCUGGAUCAUCCAAUACCUCAACCAAUUCUAACCAAACAACACGCAUACUCAUUCGUCUACUCAAUGGCAAGCAAAUAUCGAAGACAUUCAAUGCCAGUGACCGGCUCAACGAUGUGUUACUGUGGACUCGAUCAGUGGUUGCCGAAGAAUUCCGAUUGAUGACGAAUUUCCCGAAGAAAAUCUUUACCUCCGAGGAAUACGCGAAAUCUCUGGAUGAAUUGAACUUAGUGCCGUCGGCCGUGUUGAUUACCACACAAGUCGAGAAAUGGUGCGAUCUCCAGCAGUAUCGCGACACAAAGAAUGACGACGAAAAUCGUCGGGUCGAAGAGAAAAGGCGAAAGGAAGAAAUAGAGAAACGGCUCAAGGAAGUGGAGGAGGAGCGUUUGGCGCUGGAACGCGUUCGACGUCAAAUUGAAGACGACAAAGCUAGACGACGACAACGAUGGCCUGAUCUCUACCAGAAUGCGGGACAGCCAUCGGGAAAUCAGUUACAAUUAAAAGAUCGAUCGAAGACUAAGAAAUUAUAGUGGCCCUAAGUACGUUAAAACUACGUUAAAAAGAAUGAAAUGAAAUUGUUUUAUCAGCAAUCAGCUGAGGCGUUCUAAGUAAGGUAUGAAUAUACAUUCGAUACAUUUGAA